AUGAAGUUUUUUAUCUGUUUGUCGGCGCUUUUGUUGGUUUCGGCAAAUGCCGAAUCAGAGCAGAAGAAGUCCGCAGCCGAUAGCAAGGCCGCCGUCCCGCUCGAGAAGAAGCUGGACAAACGCGGUCUGCUAAGUCUCGGCUAUGGCUACGGCAUUAACGGGCUUGACGUGGGCUACAUCGGUGGUGGUCAUCUCGGUGGUGCGUAUCAUGAGGGACACGAUCACCAUUACGGACACGGUGUGUACCUCGGUGGACACACGGACGUCACCAAGACGGUAACGCUUGUGAAGGGUGUCCCGGUACCGUACACGGUUGAGAAGCACGUACCGUACACGGUUGAGAAGCAUGUGCCGUACCCCGUGAAGGUACCGGUCCCACAGCCCUAUGAAGUAGUCAAACACGUCCCGGUCCACGUCAAGGAGUACGUUAAGGUGCCAGUUCAUGUUCCGCAGCCAUACCCGGUUGAGAAGAAGGUUCCCUAUCCGGUGCAUGUUCCGGUCGAUCGUCCCUACCCCGUGAAGGUGUUCGUUCCGCAGCCAUAUGAGGUGACCAAGCACGUACCGUACCCGGUCAAGGUGCCAGUCCCACAGCCCUACGAAGUUACCAAGCACGUACCCGUACCAGUGAAGGUAGAAGUCCCCGUCCCGGUGCCGUACACCGUUGAGCGGAAGGUCCCGGUUCCCGUGAAGGUCCCAGUCGAUCGUCCUUAUCCCGUCCAUGUGCCAGCUCCAUACCCAGUUGAAGUGGAGAAACCCGUUCCGUACACAGUGGAGAAGCCUGUCCCAUAUGAGGUGAAAGUUCCCGUCGAUCGUCCCUAUCCAGUGCCGGUGGAGAAACCCGUCCCCUACCCGGUUAAGGUACCCGUCCCGAAGCCGUACUACGUCGAGAAGCACAUUCCGUACACGGUUGAGAGGCCAGUCCCAGUCCCGGUCAAGGUGCCGAUCGACCGUCCUUACCCCGUCACGGUGGAGAAGCACAUCCCAGUCGAGAAGCCAGUACCGGUCCCGGUGAAGGUGCCAGUUGCUGUCCCAGUGCCAGUACACCACGACCAUCACCAUCACCAUCUGGAGCAUUUGCACGAGCCGCAUCACCAUCAUCAUGAUGUGAGCUAUACCAGCUUCAGCGGAUACGGACACGACUACAGCUACCACCACUAG